CAAUAGUUUUGGUGCAGCUUUUCAGCUUGGGAGUAGCAAAUAACACCCAGUUGGUCAACACACCAUUUCGUAUCUACUUUGUCUCUCCCCACUAUUGGAGGUUACUGCCAAAGCAUACAUUCCUUUAAUUCUUGUGUUGCACCUCAGACCGAGCCAUUUUGUGAACUCCGGGCAGAGCUGAAACGUCCAUUUCUUUUUAGAAUACUACAAAAUGUAUCUUUGCAUUCUUGCUGGGAGGAGGGAUGGCUUGCCUGACGAUGAAUUUGUACACUUUGAAGACUUAUGUGUAUUUUAAAUCAAGGUUUGCAUUGCCUUUUAUUAUUCUUAAAGACUUUCAACAGCAUUAAAAAGAAAAGAAUGCCAAGUGUCAUCUUUGCCUGUCGGCUAGAUUUUGCAUCUUUUGUCUUGGAGGCAGCUUUCUCUUGUGCAAGAGCUUUAUGCCUUCAGGGUUUCCGUGGCUGCAAUUCCACCCUGUGCAGAUCAUUUGCUAUCUCCUGAUCAUUCAGCAUCCACCUCUCUUCUGAAUAAAGCUCCUCCUCCACCACCCUCGUGGGAGAACUGCAAAGGGAGGAAACUUGGUGCCUCCGCCAGUCUUGAUUUCCUUGGGUGGCCCCUCCGCAAGUACGAUGGUCCUCCUGUACGAUUCCUAGUCGAGCCGCCCUUUGGUCAGUUCUGGGGAAGGAGACCAUGAGAGCUGGGGCAAGUCCCCUGAGGAACCCCUGCUGGCCCAGCGUCUGGCAUUCCCGUGCGAACACCUGAAACAGCAGGAGCUGAAGUGCACCCUUGCUAGGGCUGAGUAGACGCACCUGGACAGAUUUGCUGCUGAGCUGGUUUGGCCAGUGCUCUGGAGAUGGGAAGCUACUUGUCUGCCUCGGCGCAUGUCACUCCAAGGAAGCCCUUUUGCUGCUCCGAAUGCCAGGACCUCCUCACCAACUGGUACUACGAGAAGGAUGCCAAGCUGUACUGCCCCAAGGACUACUGGCGGAAGUUUGGGGAGUCUUGCCACGGCUGCUCGCUGCUGAUGACGGGGCCCGUCAUGGUGGCUGGGGAGUACAAGUAUCACCCGGAGUGCUUCGCCUGCAUGCGAUGCAAAGUGAUCAUUGAAGAUGGCGAUACCUACGCUCUGGUGCAGCACUCGGCUCUUUACUGUGGCAAAUGUCAUAACCAGUUUGUGCUGACGCCAAUGCUAGAAAGAUUGUCAACAGAGCCUCUGUGUGAACAGCUGCCGUACACUUUGACGCUUCUCUCCAUGCCUGCCGCCACCGAUGGCGAAAGGGGGUUUGCUGUGGCUGUGGAAGGGGGCUGCUCACCCUAUGCUGCUACUGUUGAAGUGAAGGAAGUCAACCGAACGCACAUCAGCCCUGAGGUCCAAAAUGCCAUUCACCCUGGAGACAAAAUCUUGGAGAUCAACGGAAACCCAGUUCGCACACUACAAACCGAAGAGGUCAAAGAACUGAUUCACAAGACCAAUCAAACCCUUCAGCUGUUAAUCGAGCAUGACCCGGUCUCCCAGCGCUUGGACCGGUUGCGCCUGGACUCCCGGCUGUCCGGGGGCCAUAAGAAGCCCUCCACCCCUUCUAUUUCUGCCUUGGCGCUCAAGGAGAAUCUGGAAGGGACCCUGCGACGGCGCUCCCUCAGGCGCAGCAACAGCAUCUCCAAGUCCCCCGGGCCCAGCUCCCCCAAGGAACCCCUCAUCCUGAGCCGCGACAUCAGCCGAUCGGAAUCCCUUCGCUCCUCCACCAGCGGUUCCCAGCAGAUCUUCCGCCCCUGUGACCUGAUCCACGGGGAGGUGCUGGGCAAAGGUUUCUUCGGCCAAGCGAUCAAGGUGACUCACAAAGCCACAGGAAAGGUGAUGGUGAUGAAGGAACUGAUUCGUUGUGAUGAAGAAACACAGAAGACCUUCCUAACCGAGGUGAAAGUGAUGCGCAGCCUGGAGCAUCCCAACGUCCUGAAGUUCAUCGGGGUCUUGUACAAGGACAAGAAGCUGAAUCUUCUCACCGAGUACAUCGAAGGGGGGACUCUGAAGGACUUCCUCCGGAAUGCGGAUCCAUUUCCUUGGGAGCAGAAGGUCAGCUUUGCCAAAGGAAUUGCCUCCGGAAUGGCUUACCUGCACUCCAUGCGCAUCAUUCACCGAGAUCUGAACUCCCACAACUGCCUGAUCAAACUGGAUAACACGGUGGUGGUUGCUGACUUCGGCCUCUCUCGGCUGAUUGUGGAGGAGAGGAAGAGGCCCUCCCUGGAGAAGCCCCUGGCCAAGAAGCGGACGCUGCGCAAGAGCGACCGGAGGAAGCGCUACACUGUGGUGGGGAACCCGUAUUGGAUGGCCCCCGAGAUGCUGAAUGGACAGAGCUACGAUGAGAAGGUCGAUAUCUUCUCCUUUGGAAUAGUGCUCUGCGAGAUCAUAGGACAAGUGUAUGCUGACCCAGACUGUCUCCCUCGCACCCUGGAUUUUGGCCUCAACGUGAAGCUGUACUGGGAGAAGUUUGUCCCGGUGGACUGUCCUUCGGGCUUCUUCCCUCUGGCAGCCAUCUGCUGCAGGCUGGAGCCAGAGAGCAGGCCCCCGUUUUCCAAACUGGAGGAUUCUUUUGAAGCCCUUUCUUUGUACCUGGGAGAACUGGCCAUUCCUCUCCCUUCAGAACUGGAGGAACUGGACCACAGCGUGAGCGUGCAGUUUGGCCUGAUUCGGGACAAGCACUCUGGCAGUCUGACAUAGUCCCACCGCUCGGCCAUCGCUGCUCAUCCUCUUUCCACGGAUUGUCCUGGAGGCAGCAGAAAAAUCUCUGUCCCAUCCUUUUGGUGACAACAGGAAGAAGUCCUCCUCCGCCUCGGUGCUUCUGUCCGUCACCGCCACCUCCCGUGAGCUUGUGGCGCUUCCUGAAAGCAUCAGCCUCUUCUUUGCGCCAUUCACUUCUCAGUGCAGAUGCUCUGUCUUUGGAAACACCGUUCCCAAGAGUCGGGGUGUGGACCUGCCUUCUAACACAAUACACUACAGGUUGUGAAGCCUCCUGGUUGGGCUCACAAGGCCGAGACCAGCCAGGAUACAAACCUUAGCGUUGCCUUUGACUGGGACGCCCUGUUCUGCUAGACCAGGCAAUGGGAGGGCAACCUGGAUUGCUUGCACACACCUCUGCAGAGGAGACAGUUGAAUUUUGCAGUUUGUCUCCCAGCAACAGCUCCAAACCACCAUCUGUCCGGCCAGAGAACUCUUUAUGCACUACAUGGUAUUUCAUCUUUCUACCCUAUUGGCCAAGCAGCUGUGGCCCAGGGGCUGUAGGACCAAAGACCAAAGCUGGGGGCUAGACUGAGUAGCUUCUCCACUUGAGGGAGGGGAUUGGUGGAGGUGGACCCCUGGAAGUGCUCCUCUUCCCAAACUUAGCUGACCAGGAGUGGAGCAAUCAACCUGGGCCACAGACCUGAAAGACUGGCACAUUAUAGAGUCACUACCUCUGUCCUCCAUUUCAGGCCCCUCUCCUUUCAGAGAAACACCUGGCUGGGGCCGCCUUUCCCCUCCCUCUUCCAGAUGCAGAGAGGGAGCUGCGCUGGUUGCAUCUCUCCCCUCUGCAAAAUACACUAAGAGCUACCAAAAGGUGGGCAACAUUUAGACCCCUGGAUAUUGAACAUCUCCCAGCAGGCAGGCCUGGCCACUUGUCCCAAGAUUGUGGAAUGCUGUGCGUUGUAGUCCAGUGGUAUCUGGAGGGUCUUCCAUCCCCCAUUCACACUCAAGAACUUAAAAUGCUGGGUCCCUAUAUGGCUGGUCUAGGUAAUUGUGCCAAGCCCACUGCAUUUUAGACCAGAUUUAGGUGGGCGUGCACACGCGCACACACACACACACACGUUAUAAACGGGCCAGCUGCAGGAAAUCUGGAUCAUGUGUUCAAGAGAUGUGACCCAACUGUUGUAAGCGCACAGCAGAUUUUUUUGUUUAAAUUAAAAGCAAUAAACUUUGUUCUAGAAAGAUGAAA